CUCUUGAGAAGUCGCGACCGCAGAAAGACUUCUGAACGACGACGUGGGUCGCGAAUACCGAUGAAUCGUCGUGGGUCGCGAAUACCGAAACGGUACCCGGUGUAGAUGAGUAUUCGUGGGAAUGUGAUCAUCGCGAUACCCGUUCUCGCGGAAGCGGCUCGAACCAUCACGUGGUGGAGAGGACAUGCGCGGACCCUUCGUGAGCCCGCGGCUAUAUAAGAGAAGACCGCGAAUAGCCGAGCAUCAGUCCACCCUCGAGAUCGUACGUAAACGCAAACGAUCAGCCAACAAACGUUUACGAUUAAAGUCGAGUUAAUUCGAUCCGAGUAAAAACACGAGCCGUCGUGGAAACGAGGAAGAAGAUCGAUCGUCAACGAAUUUCGUUAUCCUCGAGUGUGAAUACGGUGAAAGAGGUGUGGAAUAAAUUAAACACACGUGACACAUAUUAAAAAGGCGAUAAUCGAAGAUCAGUGUGAAUAAGAGCUGUCGAAGACGACUGCGAACCGGCUAGUUGAGUGCAUAUCUAGAUCCGUGAUUUCGAUCGAAUCGGUAGCGUUUAUCCGUCGUUGAGAAUGGAAGACACGACGAGGCUGACCGACCUUGAAGAAGAUCGCCGAGAAAACCAAAAGGCAGACGUGAAACGAAGAAUGGGUCCGAUACCGGGACCCUCGAAGCAGGAGUUCGUAGAUGAUGAGUGCAGCACCGAUAGCGGAUGCAGCAGCGGUGGAAGUACGGGAAGCGCAGAGAGACUGUCUCGCCGCGGAAGCAGCGAGCGGCUGUGCCGCUCCACGAGAUCGCCGAGGACUCACUGCUACCUGGAUCGGCUUCGCGGUCGACCCACUCGUUCUCAAGAACGAUUGUCAGGCGUGCAGAGAAGUUCCGAGAGGGUGCGAGCGAAAUCUUCUCGCUCCUGGAGCCCAGGAGACGUGAGAGGCGUCCCGAGGACCUCCGAAUCGCUGUCUUACUCUUCGAGCCCCUCGGACGCUCACAGCAGCACCGACAGCGACUCCCUGAAGAGAUCCAGCACCGCGGAAACCCUUCGAAGAGCACUGCAGACCCUGAAGAUCUCCUCCAAGUGGGAGGGCAAAGAGAACAAGCACGCGAAGAAGAGUCCCAAGAGAAUUCUCCGCAGCCCGGUGUCCUACACUUACGUGAGAGGCCUCUCGGGGCUGCCGACUCAGAGGGUGCCCAGGAACAUGGCCCAGCAUCUCGCUAUGCCGUGCUCGUGUCAAGAUCCCGUUGGUCUUUACCGAUAGAAAGCCAUUUCAUCUGGUACAAUUCUCUUGAAAACGAACCUCUUGGACUUCAUCAUCAUCAUCAUCUUCGUCAUCUUGUGAAAACGAACCUCUUGGACCACCGGCCCGGUUCGAUUAGUGUAUCCUACGCUUCUGUGUCGUAUGUCCCUUGAAUCGCGGCACCUUUUUGUUAGCCGCUGACUUUUUAAAACCACGACCAAACGAGUGGAUCAAAACGUAUACGAGGCUAAGAGUGACACGCGACGAGUCAGACUUAGCAACGUUCUAUUGCCUGAAAAGUAUUUAAAUUGUUUCGAAACGUGUUUGAUACGUGAAACUAAAAUGUUGUUUUCACAAUUUCUAAAUAAGAUAUAUCUACAGUAAUUUUUCAAUUUUCAUUGUGCUUCGUGGAAUCUUGGCGAUUAGGGAGAAAAAAAUGAAUGCGGAACACGCGAUUAAAUAGAGCUGCGACACAUUUUAAGUUGUCGCUCUUCAUAUACGUAAAUGUGAUAGAUUACGUAGCAGGAACACAAUAGUCGUAAAACCAUGUAUGUACCUUUUAUAGAAACGUUUAGUGCAAUUCGCAAGACGUGUAUAAUUAGCGAUAGGAAUUACCUUAACUCGCGAAAACGGAUUGUAAAGCUAACAAGUACGAUUCGCUAAUGGGAUUGACUAUGCGCAUUUCACCACCUUUUUACACGUGGGCAGCUUCUUUGCCGAAUUCGCGAGGUGUACUCCGAAAUACGUCGGCGCCGAUGGCGACGCUGAUUCGCGAGAGAGUAAUUAUAGCGUAUUGUCGCGAAGCCGAGGACGGUUGUCGCGGUAUACACGAGUCAAUUACGUGGACGCGAAAGAAAUUCGUGCGAUUCCACCUACCAUCUAGCAUACACUACCAUUCAGAAGUUUUAUCACACCGCUGUGAAAGAAUUCUGGUAAAAAUC